UGGCCUCAGGACGCAGGAACUGAACCACACUUCUGGCUAUUAUAAAAAAACAGAGAAAGUAGAAUGAGAUAAUUGGAAGAGGGGAAGGAGAAGGGGAAUUGGAGGAAGAGGAGGAGAAGAAGAAGAAAUGAAGGCUGUCAGGUCUUAUCCCAGGCCUGAGCCAAAGAGGGUCGGAAAUGGUCUAAUCAUCACGUCCAUGGUUCUUUCUCUCUGCAUCCUCUCGCUCAUCAGGACUCGAUAUAUUUCCUCCCCAUUUGGAAAGUCACAGGAUUUGUCAGAUAGGAGUCGCCGUCUUGUAUCUAGAGGGGAAGAAGAUGAAGGAAACAGAGUGCUGCUGGAAGAAUUGAGAGAAGCCAAGAGACCGAUAUGUGUCGAAACAAGCCGUAGAUCGGACGUUUGCGAGGCCUCCGGUGACGUAAGAGUGCAGGGUAGCUCCCAGACCGUCUUCGUAGACCGUGAUCUCACAAGCCAAGAAUGGAAGAUUAAGCCUUACGCCCGGAAGCACGACAAGGGCGCGCUUGCCAACGUCAAGGAGUGGACCAUCAAGGCAGUGCCUGACGAGGCUCCUCAGUGCACCGACAACCACUCUGUCCCCGCCGUCGUCUUCUCCGUCGGCGGGUACACCGGCAACCUCUUCCACGACUUCACCGACGUUCUCGUCCCGCUCUUCCUCACCACGCGCCACUUCCGCGGCGAGGUCCAGUUCGUGGUCACCGACGCCAAGGCCUGGUGGUUAAUCAAGUUCAGCCAGGUCCUCAGGCAGCUUUCCAAUUAUGAGAUUAUCGACGCGGACGCCGACGGUGACGCGGUGCGCUGCUUCCCGCGUGUCGUCGCGGGGCUGACCUUCCACAAGGAGCUCGGCAUCGACCCUGCAAAGUCCCCUAACGGAUACGCCAUGGCUGACUUCAAGGAGAUGCUGCGGGAGGCGUACGGGCUCGAGCGCGCGGCCGCGGAGCCGGCCGGCGACAAGUGGGAUGUGCGCCGUAAACCGCGGCUGCUGAUCAUCUCGCGCAAGGGCUCCCGGGUUUUCCUCAACGAGCGGGGCAUGUCGGACAUGGCCAUGAGCCUGGGCUUCGACGUCCGCGUCGCCGACCCAGACGUCACCACGGACAUCGGCAAGUUCGCGCGACUCGUGAACUCUGCCGACGUCCUCAUCGGCGUCCACGGCUCCGGGCUAACCAACGUCGUCUUCCUCCCCCGCGGCGCCGUCUUCAUCCAGGUUGUGCCGAUGGGGAACCUGGGGUGGCUGGCCAGGGACACGUUCGAGAAUCCAUCGCCGGAGAUGGAGCUCAAGUACUCAGCGUACCGGAUCCAAGCCGACGAGAGCACGUUGAGCGACCAGUACCCGAAGGACCACCCCGUGUUUACGGAUCCCCAAUCCAUCCACAAGAAAGGGUGGGGCGAGCUCAGCAGAAUUUACUUGAAUAACCAGAACCUCAAGCCACAUUUGGGCAGGCUCAGGCUCGCAUUGCUUGAAGCACUCAAGCUCCUCCCCCACAGCCACACCAUGGCGCAGUAGUAGUUGCUUUCUUUCUCUUCCUUCCGAAACUUUUAAUUCAUUAUUUUUUUUUUAUUUUUUGUUCUUGUUGUAUCGAGAUCAGUAAAUAGAAUAGAUGGGCAAAUAGAUCUAUUUAAUUACAUAUAGGUUUAUAUUCAUACUACUGGUGUGCUGUUAUAUCAAAUUAAGAUAGUGAAAGAAGUUGAUUCCGAAGCCAAGAAGUUGGCAGAUGAUGAAGUGUACUGGAUUUUCAAAUCACAAUAAAAGAGGAGAUCUCAGAACAAUUGUUCUGGUUUUGUUU